AAGCUGACGAAUGGAAGCUGUUCCUGAGUGGUCAUUUCGGUAAUAGUGGCUAAAACAAACAUUGCACGAUAUCAACCCUCCAUAUACGGUCUCCUUUGGUUGGGGCAACAAACUUCUUAUGCACCGAACAAAUACUUUUAAAGAAAUGUCCAUGCUGUAGCAUUACAACGCAGACUUUCCUCGGCGUUUUCAGCUCGAGAGCUCCAGCAUGUCUAAGCGGCGCUCUUUGGAGAGGGGGGCCGGAGAGACCUCGGGCAGGGCCAGCAAGCUCCUCUGUCCUGGAAUAGCUGGAAGCAACGCCAAGAGGGCAGGUCCUUUUGUCCUGGGGCCUCGUUUGGGGAACUCGCCCGUGCCAAGCAUAGUGCAGUGUCUGGCCAGGAAGGAUGGGACGGAUGACUUCUACCAGCUAAAGAUCCUGACGCUGGAGGAGCGGGCAGACGCGGCCGGGGAGACCCAGGAGGAGAGGCAGGGGAAGAUGCUGCUGCACACCGAGUACUCCCUCCUCUCGCUGCUCCAUAACCAGGAUGGAGUGGUGCACCACCAUGGCCUGUUCCAGGACCGGGCGUACGAGAUUGUGGAGGAUCCGGAGGCCAACAAUGGAAAGGUGCGCCGACUGAAGAAGCGGAUCUGCCUGGUGCUGGACUGCCUCUGUGCGCACGACUUCAGCGACAAGACUGCGGACCUCAUCAACCUGCAACACUACGUCAUCAAGGAGAAGCGGCUGAGCGAGCGCGAGGCCAUUGUCAUCUUCUACGAUGUGGUGCGCGUAGUGGAGGCCUUGCACAAGAAAAACAUUGUGCACCGAGACCUGAAGCUUGGAAACAUGGUGCUGAACAAACGAACUCAUCGGAUUACCAUCACCAACUUCUGCCUGGGCAAGCACCUGGUGAGUGAGGACGACCUGCUGAAGGACCAGCGAGGAAGUCCAGCCUACAUUAGCCCUGACGUACUGAGUGGCCGGCCAUACCACGGUAAGCCCAGUGACAUGUGGGCCCUUGGCGUGGUGCUGUUCACCAUGCUCUACGGCCAGUUCCCCUUCUACGACAGCAUACCUCAAGAGCUAUUCCGCAAGAUCAAGGCUGCAGAGUACUCCAUCCCAGAGGACGGGCGUGUGUCAGAGAACACUGUGUGUCUUAUACGGAAGCUGCUGGUGCUAGACCCCCAGCAGAGGCUGACCGCUGCUGAGGUCCUGGAGUCUCUCAGCGGCAUUAUUGCCUCAUGGCAGUCAGUAUCCUCUUUGACCGGACCUCUUCAGGUUGUACCGGACAUCGAUGACCAGAUCAGCCACCCAGAGCAUCUCCAGGAGGUGAAAAUGACGGAGGAGUCGUCGCAGUACGAGUUUGAGAACUACAUGCGCCAGCAGCUGCUGCUGGCCGAGGAGAAGAACACUAUUCACGAGGCCAAGGCCAGUUUCCUCGCCAAACGCCAGUUCAGCGCCAUCCCGCCCGUGCGGCGCCUGGGCCACGAUGCCACACCCGUCAGCCCUCUGGACGCAGCCAUCCUGGCCCAGCGCUUCCUGCGGAAGUAGCCCCUUCACCCAUCACCUUGCCCUCUGGGGGACAAGUGGGUUGGGGAACACAAGGGUUGUGUCGGGAAGGUACCCUGAAACUGAGAAUAUCUAUGGGAGCUUAGCCCAACCCUCCCUUGGGUAGAGGGGUCCCUAGCUGUAGGGAGUUAGGUAGGUGGAGUGGGAACAGACAUGGGGGGAGGGGGGGGCAGAACUGAUCACUCACCUGACAACCUCUCAUAGUUUUCACACUUCAAGUCUGGGUGUCGGUGGUGUGCACAGCAAUGGCUUAGAUGGAGAAUCUGAAGAUCUCAACCAAAGGCUCCCACUGAACCCCCCCCCCCCCCCCCCCACCUCAGCCAGCCAGCUAUGGGCACAUAUGGACUCAGCCAGCCAGCUAUGGGCACAUAUGGACUCAGCCAGCCAGCUAUGGGCACAUAUGGACUCAGCCAGCCAGCUAUGGGCACAUAUGGACUCAGCCAGCCAGCUAUGGGCACAUAUGGACUCAGCCAGCCAGCUAUGGGCACAUAUGGACUCGUACCGGCCAGGGGGAUACCAGACACGCAUGUGUGUGUUUGGACAUGAAAAGCCCCCCCCUCCCAUUUGUUUCCCUCUGCUGAGACCUGGGCAUUGCCCUCCUACCUACCCCCAUUUAUUCUUGAAAACCCUGAGCAAUACAGGGCCAGAAGAACCAUGUAGCAACCUUCCUCUAACCUCCCCCUCAACUCUCCAAACUGAGAUCACUUGAUCAUGGACGUAAUUCACUCUCUUUAGUUUCCUCAUAACCAAAAUGAUCUGGACUAGUCCCGUCUCUAAACUGACGACUUCAAAUCUACCUCUCUCAAUCUUUAUUAUUUUUUUUUUUGUGUGUGCAUUUUACACCAUGUCCACCAUUCUCGGAAAACAAGGAAUUGUCGGGGUAGUGUUGUCACCGUAGACAGAAAGCAUUACUAUGUUUUGGUGCAUAAAGGUUUGGAAUGUGGAAUAUGAAUAAGCUUUUUUCCUUAUGACUAAUAAGUAGCAUUCUACACUUCUAUCUAUUCUACAUUGAAAAUGCUAACUAUCAAAGGGUGGCCAAAAUCGCCUACUUCUGUCUUUAAGUCUAGCAGAUUGCAUUGUUUUCUUGCUUUUGCUCUCACCCCCUGUGGAACCAUUUUUUUGCAUUUAGGUGUCAAGUACCUGGAAGAGCUGGAUGGGGCGACGUUUCAUGUUGAUCCUCUCUCGUUAUUGCUGUUCUAAUUGGCAUCUUUGAUUAAUAAUCACGACGUGGACACUAUCAUUUUUUGGGGGUGAGAAAUCAUGGCGAGUCUUAACUGAUUGUUAGCCAAGGAAAUGAUACCUCCCCCACGUUCACCACUGAACAACUUCCAGGUAUUCAACUUCCCAUUUAUCCUGUGACAUCAUCAUUGUGAGACAGGUAUUGGGCAUGAAUGUGAAUGAAUGGUAAUGCCAUGCCAGUGAUUGUCAGUGUGUAGAUAAGUGUGAUUUGGGCCAGGGGUGUAUUAGACAAAGCCAGGGCCUUUUCAGUGGUAGGUGCAGACUAGAGCCACGUUAUUUAAGCCCAGUAAGUCAGUGCAGACCCUUAAACUAGCCAUCCUUCCCAAUCUGUUUAUCUUGCCUGCCUCAGUUGCUUGCACACACUGAGAACAUACAGGCUUUUCUAAGACUGGCUGGACUGAAUGUGUCCGCUAUGAAAGAUGGGCAUCCCUCAUUUUGCCCCUGUCUUAGUCGUGAAUGCUCUAGUGCGUAGCAAAGUUUAAAAAUCAAACAAAACCGCGAUGAUCAUAGCUCUCAAGCCCGUUUAGCUGUUGUAAGUUAUAUUGUAGUAGCUGAUCAUGAAAGACUUACUAUAAUGUUGAUAGUGAUAAUUGAAUAGUGUAAUAUUUCAUAGAGAAACUCAACAAUGAGGUUGUCUCAGUCGCGUUACGCACAUUCUUAAGCUUCCCUCUGCUGGCGGUGCCGUAGUGGUGCCAAACGUGAUCAAUCCAAUCAUUCUGCACAGAGGCUAACGGCUGUUUCGUCUAAAGUGCACUAGUGUCCUGGAAAUACGAUGACAUUGCUAAAGUAGGCAAGUAGGAAAAAUGUUUGCCAUUAUGUCGGCAAAUUUACUUUAGACAGAUGGCAAUGUUGUCAUUUGUUAGCAAAGUUUGUCAAAAAUAGCUAGCAAUGCUGCUAAGCUACUAACUCGUGAACAAUAUUAGUCAUCUGUUCACAUAAGCUUGCCCAUCUUUAUGGGUAUUCGCGUUGCUUAGACCUUCACUCUAUUUAUAACCAAACUGAUCACAUGGGUAGAAACUUGAGUCAGUUUCGUCCUAUUUCAUUGUAUAUUGUCUUUUUCCUCAAUUUCAUUUAUGUUUAUUUUGUUAUUUAUUCACUGUCCAUUUUCAGGCAUCAAAUCUAUUUUCCAUUUUAGCUUUAAGCAAGAAGUUUUCUGGUUCCAUUUGUUUCUCCAAACUUGAGCCGCCAUUGCAGUUUUUCCUCUCCCAGCCCAUCUUCAUUAAAGAUCUCUUUUUAUAAUUGUUUACCAUUGCCACACACUCGUGGUCGAUUUAAGCUACACUAAUAAUGAAACUGACUCUGCAUAGUUCUAUUUUUUACACAAAUAAUCGUGCAUUAUGAGGAUUUAUGGUAGUGAUCUGUUUAUUACCCGAAUCCCAGUUCUGUUUGUGCAGUUCUGCCAACUCCUGUUGCCUUGACAAUGACUAGCACAAACAGAUCUGGGACCAUGCCAACUGUUUAUCGCCCCAUACCAGACUUUUGGUCAGUAUGUAAAUAUGAAACCAUCAUUACAGCGACAACACCAGUAGAGCUUCCAUCUAGUGGAACGAUACCAGCUCUGAUCAGGGGUACGUUUCAGUAAGGUGAAAUGUUGCAGAUAGGAAUGUGUUGAAUAGAACUGACAUGAUUCCAAAUUCAACAUGACAGGAAAUCAUAUCUUCAUCUGAACGUUUUGUAACAUUGCACACUCCUGAACAACCCCGCUUUAACACAAAUUCUAUAUAGACAUGCAUUAGAGGCAAUGCUAGCCACCACAUUUGGGAAAAUAAAAAAUAAAUAAAUGUAAUGAGAUUUUGAGAUGUUAGCUUUUUUCCCAUCUCAAUGUGAAUUUCUGGGUAUAAAAGCAGUAUUGUAGUUGAUAGUGUGUCAGUAGUUCAUGAGAAAAGGGUAUUUUGUGAAUACCACAGCCCUUGCUGAAGUUGAAGGCAAAUUUGUGAUCCCGUCGUACUUGAGGGUGACCAUAACCCACUAUUGGAUAUAAAUAUUUAGGUUUAUUAGGUAUCUGUAGCAUUAUCAAGAUAGUGUUCACAUUUGGCUGUUAGAAUUGUCCCAUUUGUCUAUGAAAGUUGUCCCCUUCAUAUAAGUUUUGUGGACUGAAAUCACCAUACGAAGCAUGAUGUUGAGCUCUUUGUAAAAUGUGAUUUUGCAUGAUUUUUCUUUUUUUUUUAAACUUGCGGUGGUCCCACAAUUAUAAUUGCCUGAAAUCAACCAACCAGGAAGAAUUGGGAAUUUGAGUCUUACAGAAAAACCUAAUGUUUUUCAUAAUACAACCGAUUUUCAUUUAAUGAACAUUCAACUUAAGUUUUCAUUUUUACUAUAAUUCAAAAAUAUGGGAAAUGUCUGUCAGUUUAACGAUGUAUUUGAUUUGCUGAGUAUUUCAACUGGAAAAUAGAUGAUGGUGUAUGAUGUGGUGGUAAAAAAAUGGUUGAAAACCAGCAGGAUUUGUUGUAAGCUGCUUUGUUGGAUAUGGGCAUCUAAUACAAAAACCUGGCUAAUUGUACAGAGAUGAGAAAAAAAAGUUUGUAUAAAAGACAUAUUUUUGUACUUCAUCAAAUCUCUACAUGCAUGUCAGCAAUAAACUUUGAUAUGGAAAAGUA